UCUGGCCAUUGGGCAGCCAGGCCCGACCCCAGGACAAGGUGCUGGUGCUGGCUCAGCACACACGGCCAGCGGGGUGGCCAGGCCAGAGCACGUCCGACAGCCAGCGUCCAGCAAUGGAGGCCAGCGAUGACACGGAGGAGCCCCCGCUGCCCCUGGCACUGGCCAGCUUUCAAGUCUCCGAGGAGUUUGGCUUCCUGCUUCCCGAUCCUCUGACAGAGCUGCCGGCGCCCUACGGCCCCUGGAUGGACAUGGCCCGUGAGCUGCCCCAGCUGAUCACCAGCCAUCGGCUCCGCUCGCGCGUUCACCAGAUGCCGCAGCUGAGCACCCAGCACCUCCGAGGACGUGAGGAGCUGCACUUGGCACACCUGGUGCUCAGCUUCAUCACCAUGGGCUACGUCUGGCAGGAGGGCGAGGAGGGCACCGUGCAGGUCCUGCCCCGAAACCUCGCUGUCCCCUACUGGGAGGUGUCGCAGGCCCUGGGCCUCCCGCCCAUCCUCAGCCACGCAGACUUUGUGCUGGCCAACUGGAGGAGGAAGGACCCCAACGGGCCUCUGGAAAUUGAGAACCUGGACACGAUCAUCACACUGCCUGGGGGAGAGAGCCUGCGGGGCUUCAUCCUUGUCACCCUGCUUGUUGAGAAGGCAGCUGUGCCUGGCAUUAAGGCAAUCACCCGGGCCCUUGGUGCCGUGGUGCAGUGUGAUGAGGAGACCCUGUACAGAGCCCUGGAGGAGCUGGCAGGGGCCAUCGAGGCCAUGAGUGAGGCGCUGAGGCGGAUGCACGACUAUGUGGAUCCAGAAGUAUUCUACUCUGUGAUCCGGAUCUUUCUCUCUGGCUGGAAGGACAACCCUGCCAUGGCGCACGGGCUCGUCUACGAGGGGGUGUCCCCGGAGCCCAUGGCGUUCUCGGGGGGCAGCGCGGCGCAGAGCACGGUCCUGCACGCCUUUGAUGAGCUCCUGGGGAUCUGCCACCGCGAGGACAGUGCUGCCUUCCUGCGCAGGAUGAGGGAGUACAUGCCCCCGCCGCACAGAGCCUUUGUGGAGGAGAUCCGCGGCGCCGCGUCCCUGCGGCAGCUCGUUCUCUCCUCGGGGGCCGCGCGGCUCCGCGCCGCCUUCAACCGCUGCGUGUGUGCGCUGGCCGACUUCAGGUCCUACCACAUCACCAUCGUCACCAAGUACAUCGCCGCCGCGGCCGCCAAAGCCAAGGCCAGGCGGGCAGAGCCGAGCGCCAGGGCCGGCCCCUCUGCGGGAAAGCCCCCGUCUGCCCUGGAGGCUAAAGGGACCGGCGGCUCCCACAUCUUCAGCUUCCUGAAGAGCAUCAGGGACACCACCAGGGAGGGGAUGAUAAGUGCCUGACCUACCCCGAGGGUUGCCCGAAGUGGGCGCAGGAGGCCACGGGGCUUUGGAGUCUGUUUGCAACGCACAAGCCAAGAUCCAAAACCUCCCAUCAGCAGCAGCCUUCCCACCUGUGCACGUCUGGGACACGAGGGACACGCUCGGGGCUGGUGAGAGAGAGCAGUGCUGCUGCUGCUGCCUCCCCCCUGCAGGCACUCAGCGAGCUCAGCAUCCUCCCCUGGCAGCGGGACGGGCGCAGUGUUCUCCUGGCACUGGCACCAGCACAUCAUCCCCGGGCCCCAGGGAAGAGCUGUGUCCUUCCAAGCCCCGCUUCUUCCCCACUCCACCCCGGCGUGGGGCCGCAGCUCGGCUGGACACGGGUGGGUCGCACGGACGAAUAAAGCAGCGAUUGCUGACCCA